AUGUCGUCCGAUGCCUUAGCAUCUGCUGCCACGGUGGCCAAAUCAAUUCGCAAGAAUGGCAAAAACUGGCAUGACAACAAGAAACCAUUCAGACCCAACGGGGGUUUGACCUCAUACGCGAAGAGAGUGGAGGCACGGAAACAGCAGGCAGCCAUCAAGGAACAUGAGAAGGAAUUAAGAGAUGAGAGGGAAGCAGAUAGACAGGCGCAUAUUCAGAGGAUCAAGGAACGCAGAGCCGCCAAGGAAGAAAAGGAACGAUACGAGAAGAUGGCCGAGAAGAUGCAUCGCAAACGAGUCGAGCGACUAAAGCGACGAGAGAAACGAAACAAGCUCCUCAGCUCAUGA